UCCUAAAAAUGGAGCUUCCUCUAAUGGAGCUGCUUCCUGGCGACUUGCUCUGUGGCAGUUUUAUCAGCUGUGCGAACGUGCUCGGGCUGUGGCGUGUAUCUUCCGCUGGUUUUACUGCCGCAACACUCGCGGGACUCCACUGCAGCGUGCAACCGAGUUGCCGCGUGUGCGAACCCAAACACAGGGACUCAGUUCUACUGUUGCUACGAUUACGCGAGAGCUACAAGCAGGCGCACGAACGUUCCUCACAGCGCAGUUGCUUCCUGCAGUGGCAGCUGAGAAAUUUAAGGGUAGGUUAAAGGCGCUUUUGUCACCGUUUGUUAUGGCUCUCUCCCUUAGGUGGGGACAGCCAUAACAAGCGGGAGAACCCACGAACACCAAAAGCCUACCUCUAAGAAAUCUUCGGACUUGAUGGAUCUCCAUUUCGGUGAAGAUCAUCUGUUUGCGGUCUCGCUAACGACCGAGGCUCGACAUCUGCCUUCUGAAUCGUUGGAGAUGUUGCCUAUGAAGGAGAUUCGCGAUUUCAUCCUAGCCUACGAAACUGCGAGGGAUCAGGCUGAACGUGGAAAGCGCAAAGCAUGGCAGACCAGUCUGGAGUCAGUAUUAAGGCUUGAGAAAAUCCAUCUUCGUUCCCUCAAGAACAAAUCUUCGUCCCGUUUUCAAGGGAGAACGGGACUGAGGACGCUGGAUUCAGAACGCUGAGGAUUUUUGCAAGGUCUUCUAACAGUAGUAGAGAAAGUAGAAAAAGUGUCGUCGC